AUGGAAGACGAUUUGCACAGUAUUGUCAAUAUCAAAGAUCGACGGCGAAUCCAAAACCGAAUAUCGCAACGUAAACGACGAGAACGCCUCAAGCAAAUGAAGGAAAUCCUGACAGAUUAUGGUGAGCAGGGCUCAUCGGAAGGCCGCUCCUGCUCUCCAGUUCUAAAUUCUCGUGCCGCCAGUGAGCUUUGCCAGCUUUUGGCUGAGGGUACUGAAAAUGCCAUUGACUAUCCGGCAAUGUUUCCAGAUCUUCUUGACACAUGUACACUAUUGGAUACCGACCAAUAUCUGGAGCCGGUAAUAAAUCUCAACGCAGAUGAGACCCUUAUCGAAAUCACCAAUACGAACCCUUCAGGUCAUGACCAGCUUAGGGGGCGUGAUGUGUUAGGCGCAAACAGCAGCUGCAGGCCGAAGGUUUCAGUAUCCGAUGCCUCUGCCCUGAAAAAAGAAAACAGACCUACCCGAAGUGCAGACGGUCAUACAGAAAGCCAUGCAGACCCUUGCGAACGGCCCCUCGUCAAUUUGAAACAGAAAGCCGAUCAAAUGAUUGACCAACUGCUCUCCAUGUAUCGAUUCGGUGUACAACUACAGAUUAUUGCGGAAGACCGGUGCAUUGUCGAUUUUGCAGAGCGGAUCCGGGCACGAUUUCUUGAGUUGCGCCGAUUUUCCCCCGCAAUUGAGGAAAGCCUAGGCUAG